CUCCUGCCCAUCCCUGCUGCCUUGCUUCCCUUUGUCACAGCAGAAGGCUGAAGGAACCGCCUCUAUCGCAAAUGGGAGCAUUUGAGUGUGCGAUGGCCUUUGUACACCCUCCCCCCCCCUCUCUCUGGCCUUACAAGGUCAUGAUUGGAAUGCUCUGCCUUCUCGCCUGGGAAGUCCUUGCGCGAGAGAGUAUGCUGUGCGUGGCAAAUAUCGGAAACGGAGUACAAGUUCGCGAGCCGAGGGGGAGGGUGGCCGGAUUCUGUGAUAGGCAUACUGUGAUAGACAUAAUGUGAUAGACAUACUUCGCCAAAUCAGGAGAUGAGUCCAUGAUGCCACAAGGGUAUCUGAGCUAUCCCCCGACCCCAGCCGAACAGCCUGUAUCCCAACAAGCCCUGCAGGUGGAAGAGGCACACAAGGCGCAAGGAGGGAGGGGGGG